UUAACCAUCCAUAGGAGGAACGAUACGAUUUUUACUACACCAGCAUCGGUAUCAACUUCUUAUUACAUUAUGUUAGAAGAAUAUAUAUUUUAAUGUUAUAAUUUUAUUUUAACUCGGUAAGCUAUAAUUUAAUUUCUAAUUUUCUGACAAAACUAUUUAUUCAAAGUGAAAUUGCCGAGUGAAAGUUUUCAUUCAUGAUCUCCGUUUAAAAGGGAAACUAUACUGCCAAAGCUAAUUAGAAAUUAAAGAAUUAUGAUAUAAUUACAUCUUGUUUUCCCUUUUCUAAUUUGGAGUGAAACAUUUUGAAAAAUGGAAGACAUAUUGACUGAAGCUGAAGAAACGGCUGUAAAAGAGUUCAUUGCCAUUAUUAAAGAGUUACAUUUACAUAGCAAUGGGGAUAAAAAGACUUGGAAUAAAUCCACUGCUAUCAAGUUUAUGAUGGCCAGGAAAUUUGACAUUUGUCGUGCUGUGGCUUUAUUUGAAUCACAUGAGGUGAUGCGAAGACGUGAAGGGUUAAUUAGAUUUGAUCCUACCAGUGAUACGUUAAGAAGUGAGCUGGAAACUGGAAAAUUUACAAUACUGGUCUGUAUCACUCAUUUAAAGAUCAAAUUUUUUUUUUAACAUUGAAUGUUAUUGUAUUGAAACAAAGGCUUGAUGUAAGAUUUUGUCUUAGUGAUUAAUUUGUGGUAUGAAAUAUUCUUUUAACAUAAUAUAGUAUUAAUUUUUGAAACUUUAUUUCGUAAUACAGUCAGACUUCGAUAUAAGGUCAUCCGCAUAUAAGGUCACCUUUCCAAAGUCCCGGCUCACUGAAUAGGAAUUCUUUGUUACAGAUUAUCGGAUAUAUGAUCAAGUUUUAAAAAUCGUUAUCGCUUAUAAGGUCAUUUUUAUCUGAGGCGAGGGGAGCUCUUUCCUGACAAAAGCCUAUUUAACUUCUUUACAAGGCAAUUACCCCUCUCGAGUUCUAUGAAAAUGUUGCAACCAACAAACAAGCUCAAUUUCAGAAAUUGUUUCACAGUGAGGACAAUGACCCCCAGACUGUAGCUGUAACCCAAGCGGAAGCCUUCAAUGCAAUAAAUGUCAUACGAAUUUUUUUUACAAACCAUGAGGGAGCUGAGGAACAUUUUGAGAAGUUA